ACUAGUGUCACAGCUGUAUCCUUCAUUAUCACACACACACACACACACACACACAUUAUUGUGGACAUUAUUUAGAAAUUCCUAUUUCUCCAGACCAACCAAUCAGUGUUGAGAAAUCAGGAGUACGGUUCUUAAUUCUUACUCAAGAAUAAAGCUUCCUUCUCAGGUCAAAGUCAAAAAUGAAGACAGUCUCUCUGAGUAUUUUGAUGUGGUGUUUGCUGGCAGCUUUCAUGCCUUGUGCUUUAAGUGCAACACUUCCUUCCAAUUCUGACAGAGAAAAUAAACUGAAUAUGGCACUGCUGAAGAGGCAUCUCUGUGUGCCUAAAAGGAGUUUAGAAGAUUCAGUUGAACGCCUCGCUCAGCAAGAGAACAGGAAUAUGGGCACACCUAUAUCACAGAGCAGUGAUAAUCCAAACAGAAGGGGGAAAAGAGGUUGUAACCUGCUCACCUGCUCAGUACAUGAUCUGGCCUACCGCCUCAGCCAGCUCAGUAAUAAGAUGAAUAAUGCUCCCCUACACAAGAUCAGUCCCUGUGGCUUUGGCCGGAGACGGAAGCGUUCCCUCUUCCGGCGCUCCGAUGCUCAGACCCAUCUGACUGCAUCUGAGUCAUGACUCAUAACAAACAGACUUAGCCCUAAGCCUUUAUCAUCUUGUUGGCUUAGUUUGCUUAAAAAAUUAUAUAUUUUAUGGGUUUUUUCCUGCAAGCAUUGAAAAUGGGAAAUAUCUGCUAAUGUCAAAGCAACCAGGUACUUUCUUGAACAUAUUUUAUCAGACAGACAGAUCUCUUACGAAGAGAUCUCAGGUCAUCUAGAUUGGGUAAAACGCUGCAGGAAGCUCUGUUUUGUAAGAAAGAAAAACAGAGACUAUGAAAGAGAUAAGAACGGUGUGGCUUAAGAUAAAACAAUGAAACAAGCUUGAGCAGUUCUGUAUUCAUUUUGGAUAUUUCUAAUUCUUUCAUAGCUUUAGGAUCAGACCAGCUCUCUGUCCCUCCCCCAGUGCAUUGCAUAUAACUUAAAAAAGCAGUGGGCUUAUCAGGGUCUCUCCCAGCACAGAUGAGUUUUACAGUAAAAGGAAGGACAAGGAAACUUAAAUACUAGCUAAGAAACCUUCACCAAUCCAAAGAGGUUUUUGUAAAAGAUGGAUGUGAAAUGCUUGGACAUUAAUCUGCUCAGUUACCUAUAAAGAGAACUUCAAGCUCGAUAUGUGAAUUGGAGAGGAAUGUACAAUACAUACAUAAAUAUACUGUUUAUUAAGAAAAUAAGUGUAUAUUACAGAUUUGAUAUGUUUUUAUACAUCUAUUAAUACAAUAAUCUCAGAGAUGAAGUAUUUUUAAUACACAAACUACUGCAUUGCAUAGUGAAAUAAAUGAUUGAACUAUUAGUUUUAUAAUGCUUUAGUGAUAGAUAUAAGUUCUUUUGAGUCAUUCUGAUA